CGCGGUAGCACUCCACGGCUCUGCGUUCAGGCCCCGCUGGAUAUCGACAUAAUUGCGUUAGCGCUACGCGCUGCACCGUGUCGACUUCCGAAUCGCGCGCGAUCCCGCGAGCCGAUUGCAUGUUCGCGUAUGUCAAUCCGGGAUUCACCGAUAUGUCCGGUGGGUGCGACGACCAAUAUUUCAACAAUACGGUCGAGUAUAAACCUGCGGCUAUAAACUCCAAUGAGUGUUGUGCUGGUGAAACUUUCAGAAGUUUUGACGGACUUUCGUGGCACGAGCAUGUGUAUAGGAAGUUAAAUAACAAACCAACACCGCAUUACAUCGAGAAUAUUUUGGGGUUGCACAAAAGUGAUAGUGAAACAGAGAUGAACAAGAAAGUUGAAGGGUCAGAGACUUGUACGGAGCAACCUGGUGUUACCGAUGUUAAUGAACCACUUAACUUGUCGGUUAAGAGCCAGAUCAAAGUACGAACGCGAAACCCAAAAGAACCGACGCGAAAACGGAAAAAGCCAAAACAGCUGCCGAACCAGCAACAAUCAGCAGACGGCAAAUGCGCAGCUGAGCAACAGCCUCCAGCUAUGGUUGUCGUCAAUCAGAAGGAGCCAGACUUGGAUCAGACCGCCGAGGAUGCGGACUGCAAGAACAAAAAGAAAAAGGCUCGGACCACCUUCACCGGGAGACAGAUCUUCGAACUGGAGAAACAGUUCGAAGUGAAAAAGUAUCUUAGUAGCAGCGAACGCUCCGAGAUGGCGAAGCUUCUUAACGUCACCGAAACCCAGAAUAAAUAGUACUGUUGGCGACAUCUGUUGGGGACCGCGAGACUCUCCUUCGGUGCCUGUUGAGGACCAUGCCAAGGACUUUUCUUCGAGAUCGACGCGAAGUGACCUCGAAGAUUUUGGAAUGCCGCUAUGUGGCUCACUAGAACCUUCUCGAUUCAACGAGUCCGUGCGAUGCGGACUACAUAACUCGACGGCCGGGAGAGGGUAGAGCAGAGUGGAGUAUAGUUAAGUCAUUGGACAAGAAUUAGUCAGACAUAAAUAGUG